GGUGCUCGAGCCAUCAGUAUAGUCUUGGUAAUUGCUCAGUCACCAUGUGAAGGCUAAAGUUGCUUUUGUUGACAUCCGAAGUUGUGUUUCUUUCCACUGAAAAGAAGACCAUUACCAAGAGAAAUGGACUCAAGAUCGACCGUGAGGUGCCCUUGAUCCCUGGGCCUUUUUAUAAGCAGUCUGUUCCGAAUCAAGAAGUCUGUUUGAUCAUCAGAGGACAAUGGCCUGGAUGUGGACCGCAUCCUUGAUCAUCACCACAUAUCUGGGAAGUCUGACAGGAAUCGUAGAGUGUGCCUUCACGUUGGAACACGCCCAUGGACACAACGUAAAGAGACAGUUUAGCGAUGUUCAUGAUGGAGCAAUUCAUCCCCCAGUCAGACCAAAUGAGAGUUUUUCCGGUUCCACCUUGUUGGGAUUCCAGGUCAAUGGCUUGGAGCAUGAAAAAGGUGGAGAUUUCACUCCUCGACCGACAACUUCACUCCCAAUCUCGAGCCCAAGAGGCGUCGGCAGAGACAUCUCAACCGGACUACGAAGAUAUAUUGGGAAUCAAUUGCGACCAUCACAGCCAGCCUUGGCACAUUCUAGAGCCCACUCCUCCAAUCGGGUUGGGGAGGACCAGUUUUUGUCUGAAGACCUCGGGAUGACCCCUUCUAGUACAGCUCGAGGCUCAAAAGUGGAGGACGAGGCAGAGGAAGAAGAACAACAACAACUAAAGGGAGGAAGAGGACGAGGAGGACGAGGAGAAGGUCCGAGCGAUCGGACACCUACUAUGACCGCCACAACGAGGAAGAAAUUGAAACAUUUCCAGCUAAAGUUUCGAGAUUUGACUCCUUGGCAAGAUUACAAAGUUUCCGCUGGAAGUGCAUCGUCAGGAAAUCAAAUUAACCCCACUAGUACAAAAGACGUCACAUCUCAUCACGACCAGCAGUUGUAUUAUGCCCAAGGUCCAGGAGCAAUCCACCGAAUGGCCCAGAAUUAUGCCUACCCAGAGUCCAAUGGUCUCAGUCAAACUGACCGAGACUACUUUCGAAUGAUUCGGACAGAAAACGGGUUCACCGAUCUCCGGUUCUACAAUUCUCAUUUGGGGGUGCCAGGAAAUAAUAGGGCCUCCUCGUCUCAGUCCAGUCACCAGACGGCCAUGCCUAUCUCCAAUUCCGAGCACAGUGGGCCAUUAAACCGAGUAGCGGAGAUUAAUCUGAAGGAUAGGAGCGAGAACAGCCCGACCCAUUUCCAAAGGCAAAUGACAAGUCCGCCACCACCUCCUCCUUCUCCACUCCAUCCUGUGCGUUCGGUGGGAUCCUCCCAUUUCCAACAUGACAGUCAACCUCGCCGCCAGAUGGCACCCAAUUCAACAAUCACUUGUCCUAAUUUGGACCUCUUGGAAUACCCUGAACCAACUAAACUCUCUACUAACAUCUAUCCAUUUACUUGGACUCCCUUAAGCAAGGAGGAGAAAAUGAAGCGCCGAGAGAUCUACUUCGCUCAUGGACCGUGGUGUGUGUCUCCCAAGGCGUCCAUGUUGGAUCUGAUUGUGUCGACUCCAGGGAAUGUCCUCAUGCCCAGAUCCUUCGCUAAAAUUGCCGAAGAUAUCUACAAUUUCGAAUUGAGACCGGACGACGUGUUUGUCGUGACUUAUCCCAAAUGUGGCACCACUUGGACCCAGGAGAUGGUUUGGCAAAUCUUGCAUGGUUUUGACACGAAAAAGGCUGAGGAGAGUCUGUUGACCCGAUCACCAUUUUUGGAGAUGCAAGCCUUGGCCGAUCCGAAAGUUGGUUCUGUGAUGGAUGAUAAAGUGAUCAAUUCCUUGGAGGCUGCUCGAAAUCUACCCAGUCCGAGAGUAAUUAAGACUCAUUUGCCGUUGGAGAUGUUGCCUCCCAACCUUUUGGACAUUUGCAAAGUAGUCUUUGUGGCCAGGAACCCCAUGGACUGUUCCGUAUCCUUUUAUCACCAUGAGAAAUUGGUUCCUCAACAAGGAUUUGCCGGAUCAUUCGAUCAGUAUGCGGAGCUAUUUCGAAAUGGGAAAAACCCAAUGGGAGACUAUUUCUAUCAUUUGAAGAGUGGCUGGACUCGACGAAACCAUCCUAAUUUGGAAUUCAUCUGGUUUGAAGACAUGAAAAAGGAUUUGGACUCCAUCAUUCGGCGUCUGUGUUCGUUUUUGGGUUACCGACUCACUGAAAAAUCCAUGGCAGCUUUGGAAGCUCAUCUUCACAUCGAUAACUUUCGCAAGAAUAAGAGCGUGAACAUGGAGUCCAAUUACAAUCAAGAAUCAAGUAAUGGAAGCUUCAUCCGCAAAGGGACCGUCGGAGAAUGGAGGAAACACUUCUCUGAGGAACGCAUUCAAGAUUGGAAGAAAUGGAUCCAAGAAAACACUUGUCAUAUGGAGGGUUUGGAUUUUGAUAUCUGAAGAACCCUUUCUGGGAUUGGAUUCAGAUCUUAUAAUCAUAUUUUUAUAUUCUCAUUGCGCUUUUAAAUCUGGCCAUGUUGAUUUUUCGACAAUACUUUGCAUCUGCAACGAUUCGACAAUGGGAGUUAUUACUUUGCAAUCAUUAUUGUCUACUUUGUCUGCACAACAGUUCAACUUUCAAUGAAAACCAUGGAAAAAUGCAAGCAAAAACAACCAGGCAAAGUAUAUACAAACUUUUAUUUCUUUUAUGGGCAUAUGAAAAGUAUUUUAUUAUGUUUUUUAAUGGGCAAAACAUAUUUUGCAAAAGUAUGAAGCGUUUAAUCACGAGUAAUCAUGUAAUAAAGGUUGUUACAACUCAA